CACAACCUUAAUAAGGUUACUGAUAGCGCGCAGUUUCGACCUACAACGGUACGGUCGUCACCUCGAUAAGUGACAUAACCUGGCGAUUGGCUGUAAAUGAUCUUUUGCUGAGCGUCUCUGGGCUAAGUGAAAUCUGAUUACAAAUGGAUGAAAUUAAUAGGAGUCUAGUAAAUAUAUCAACAAAUGAUAAUAAAGAACUACCUGCCAUGUGGAUAAGACAAUUAAUUUCAAAGCUUAAUAUUUCUCCAGACAUUCGAAAUGAACCCUUAUUUGAAAAAGCUGUCAAUGAGUUAGCGUCUUCAAAUCUCGAAAACUUGUCUUCCUCAGUGUAUCAGUUACGGACCGUUCGCGAUGUUCUAAAAAACAAGAUUAAGUCAUUGGCUGCAGAAAAUUAUCACAUUUUUAUAGAUACCAAAGAUGCAAGUCAGAAUAUCUUGGAGAAGACUUCAGAAAUGUCAACCGCCAAUCAAGCUUUUCUAUCACAAAUUACUGAGUUUACACAAUGCUGUAGUGAUAUUUUAUUAAAGACUCGCUCCAUUGAAGCCUCUCUUAAAAAAAUAGAAGUGCCUUAGAAAAUCACACACAGUUACUAGAAAUAAUUGAACUUCCACAGCUAAUGCAAACUUGUGUGCAUAAUGGUCAUUACGAUGACGCAAUAUCUAUUUUUGCUUAUACUAAGACGUUGUUCAGUAAAUAUGGGUCAAGUGUCUGCUGUUGCUUCACAGUUUGUUCAUCAGUUGUAUAACCAGUUGAGAGCACCUCUAUCUCUUUCUUCGUGUAUCAAGACCGUCGUAUUUCUUCGUAGGACAGGACUAUUGAGUGAACAAGAACUACGGUUGAAAUUUCUCCAGACACGGACACAUUGUCUUAAGAGUCAAAUCAACUCAUCUUUAUUGGCAUGUACACCAAAGGAGUUAGCUGGAGUAGAUAAGCGGGAAAAGCUGUCAGGAUUUCUCCCUUUUAAAGAGUCUCAUGAUAAGUCCUAUUGGGUGGCUACACGACGUAUUGAAGUAACGCGCGUACAUCUAUUUGACAUAGUCACACAGUAUCGGGCGGUAUUUCCAGACGAAGAUGGUAUUCUUCCACAAGGAGUGAAAAUUCAAGGAAAGUCACUACUGUCUAAAUACUCGGGGAAUCCAAUUUACUCAAUUAAUUUAUUAAAGGGAUCUAAAGAUAUGGAUUAUUAUGAAUCCAGUCCAAAUUUGUUACAUGCUUGGUUGGUUAAUCAAGUGGCAGAAUUUCUUAACAAUCUCUGUAGUGACCUCCAAACUAUGAUGUAUCAACCUAAAUGUACUCCACAGGAGCUGACAGAUCGUCUGUUAAGAGCUACUGCAACAGACUCUAACAAUUACAAAAAUAAAUCAUUAAAAAAUAUUUGUUUAGAGACGUUAUUCACUCAGGUGCAAUCAUUAAUAUCACAAUCCAUGUACUUUGGUCGAUCAUUUCAUCGGAUAGGCUGUGAUUUCAGACCACAUUUGGCUAACCUUUUUUGUUACCAAAUUGAAUCAUUUAUCAGAAUUAUAUUGACAAUAUUGUAUCGAAUUAAUGGAACAACUCAUGAAGAAGUAAAUAACAGUGAAUUGAAUUCUUUUACAAAACUGACUAAUAUACUACUAGAAUUCCCUCCACUAAUACUGCUUUACAAUCAUUUUGUUGAAUUAUUUCAUGGAUUAAAUAUCUGUUGUCCAACUGGUUUGAAAAACAGAAUUAUUAUUAUUAUAUCAAAUGGUUUACAUGCUUGUUCAUUAUCUAUAACAGAAAUUUAUGAUCAGUUAAAAGAACAACAAAUUGAUAAUUGGUUAAAUAAUGAUGUUUAUUAUUUAGCUAAUGCAUUUUGUACAUCAUUAACUUAUUGUAUUUUGGCAAAUUUAAUUAAUUAUUUAUUUGUUGAAGAGAUUGAUAAUAAUGUUCAAAUACCAAAUUGUAAUAAUAAUAAUAAUAAUAAUAAUAAUAAUCCUAUGUUAUUACAUCGUCCACUUUUAUCAAGUUUAUGUCAAAUAAUUUGUAAACCUAUUUAUAUAAAAUGGUCAAAUUUACAACCAUCAAUAUCAUCAAUUGAAUCUGUAUUAUUAAAUAAUAAUUCUGAUAACAAUCUUAAUCUUAUUUCAUUGACAAAUAAUGAAAAGGUAACAAUAGAUUCUGUUGUGAAUAAUACUUCAAAGGUUGUUACAAUGUCAUUAGAUGAACAAGUCAAUAUAAGUGAUACAUCCAAUAAUCAUAUUGAAAUUGAUACAAUAAAUAGUUUAUCAUAG